UUGUUGCUCUGUAAUUGGUCUUAUUGAGUAAAAUUCUGUUUCACUUCUCGACACAUGUGCUUAGCAGUGUUAUAUACAUGUGUUUUGCUUGGUGCCAAUAGAGUCGAUUCUCUUUUGAUUGCUUCAGUUGAUGUGGAGAGACAUGCUAGAGAUUUUAUGGAUGCUGCCAAAAAACUUCAACUAUAUUUUAUUGGUCUGCAACGUGAGGAUCAGCCGACCUAUGCUGAAAGCCUGCGGAAGGAGAUCUCUAUGAUGGAAGAUGAGUUGAAGACAAAGACUGAACUUAUCAAGAAGCAAGAGAGACUGAUCCAAGGGUGGAGGAAGGAGUUGAAAGACCAGUUAGAAAAACACAAUACUGAGUUAGAGAGGGUGUAAUUUGGUCUGGAACUAACUUUGUAGCAACUCAAAAUAUCAUUUCAUAAAUGGCAGAUGCCUUGUUGGGCCAGCACUUUAUG